UCGAGCGACCGAGGAAGCGGACACGCUCGGGGCGACCAACACUAGACAAUAGCCACGGCAGAAUAUGCCGCGAACGGCCAGCGGCAGUGGCCGGAAUCGGCCGGCGGGGCGGCGGCGGCCAGACGAGGGCCACGGCCAGGAGGAGGCGGCGGCUGGCGGAAGGGGCCGCGGCCUGGAGGAGGCGGCGGCCGGCGGAGCAGUCGCGGCCGGAGGACGAGGGAGCCGACGGAUCGAGGGCGGGGCUGGACAGGCGGCUGGCGGCGACAGGCGGACGGGGCCGGCCUGGGAGCGCCCGCCGGCGGAGAGCAGCGGGACCUGCGAGAGCUGGCCUCCGGCGGCAGAGGCCCGACCAGGGAGAGCCAAAGGCCGGCGCGCGGCGACCGGACCUCAAGCGGCAGUCAGAGACGAGGCGGCGGCGGCCCGAACCAAAUCCCGACGGAGGGCGGUAGUGGAAGCCGGCGGCGGCCAAAUGAGGUCAGUGGCGGACGUCCCGGUCUGGGAUGCAGCGGGCUGCAGGAACCAGCGGCCGGAACCGACGAGGAACGGCGGCUCGGGGUGGAAUCUGCGACCUCCUUUGUCCAGAUCGAGACCGAUCUCGCACGGACAGAACCUGGGAACGAUGGACAGGCAAAGUAGAGGAGCGGCAGCAGAGGAAACUGCACGCGUGAAAGGCAACAGCCAAGCAGAGGCAAGAGACGAUUUGGAGCAGCGCAGCCAGGAAAGGAUGAUCACGGCGGCGCGAUUGGAUCGAGCACGAGUUGCAGUUGGGAACGGCCCUCUCAUUCGCCAGAUUUUUUUGGCGCCAGAUGCGGAUGCAAUUCUAACAUCGCCAAGACCGAAGACUUCUCAGGAGGAUAUUUGGGCUUGGACGUGGGAGAGUAGUGGAGUUGUCUCAGUAAGGUCAGCAUAUCGUGAGACAAUGCUGAGAAGCAGGUCAAGGGAUGAGGAAAUUGGAGGCUCCACAGGUACGGAGCAGACCUGGAAGGCACUUUGAAAAUUGAAUGUUCUACCAAAGAUACGUGUUUUCUGGUGGCGAGUAGUGAAGGACAUGUUGCCGUGCUACAACGAGCUGAAACGGCGACAUAUCAAGGUGAUGUCUAUAUGCUCCCUGUGUGGGCAUGGAGAGGAAACAUUAUAUCACUAUCUGAAUACAUGUGAUCAUGCGCGACUGUUCUGGGAGGAGGCAGAGCGAUUUUUUGGUGUUAAACUUCCUAAGCUUCAUCCAGGAACGUGGACCAAAGACAUGCUAGAUGUGAGAAUAGUCAGGAAGGAUACAGCAGCAAUUCUGGUUACUGUAAUGUGGGCAAUUUGGCAUAGCAGGAAUAAAUACACUCAUGGUGAGAACAAGUUUCAACCCAGGCAAUCGAUGAUCCUCAUUGCUGAAAUGUUCGAGCUUUAGAGAUCCCGGAGACUGUUCGGGAGAGGAUGCAGCCUACAGUUAGAUGGGCAGCCCCGACGCCAGGGUGGAUCAAGAUCAAUGUCGAUGGAGCAAUGUACGGGUGUAGGCGGCACAGGUAUGGUGGGUGGCUCGAGACCAUGCGGGUCUCUUUCUUUCAGCAAGGUGUGUGAAGUAUGAUGGUAUUACUGAUCCGCUGAGCUUGGAAAUUCUGGCGUGUCGUGAUGGUAUGUUACUAGCAAUAGAAAAGGGAUACAAUUCAGUUAUCAUUGACACAGAUUGUCUCAAUGCAAAGAGCACGUGGGAGGCAAGGUUGGAAGGACGUUCAUAGGUUUUCAUAUUCUGCAGGAAAUGCAAACUGAACUACCUAGUUUUCAGGGAUUUGAGCUUCGGUAUGUUAGCCGGAAUGCAAAUAAUGUAGCACCCGCUGAGCUUGGAAAUUCUGGCGUGUCGUGAUGGUAUGUUACUAGCAAUAGAAAAGGGAUACAAUUCAGUUAUCAUUGAGACAGAUUGUCUCGAUGCAAAGAGCACGUGGGAGGCAAGGUUGGAAGGACGUUCAUAGGUUUUCAUAUUCUGCAGGAAAUGCAAACUGAACUACCUAGUUUUCAGGGAUUUGAGCUUCGGUAUGUUAGCCGGAAUGCAAAUAAUGUAGCACAUGGGUGCGCUAAAGAAGCUCUAGGCAUAGAAAAUGUUGUAACAUACUCUUUUGUAAUCCUUGGCUUUCUGAGUGGUCUUCUACACUCGGAUAGGCUACCACUGAUUGAAUAAAUUCCGGAGA